CUCACCCAUACAUCAUGAGAGAAAGGUUUGCAGAUUCCGGCUAAACUUAUUUGGCAUCCCUGCAACCAUCCAACCCCUUUAAAAGUACAUCAACUUUCGGUGAGAUACGGAACUUUUUUUUCUCUUCUUCCCUUGUGCUCUAGCUAUACGUAAUAACUAUGGGUUUUGGACGUGCUUUGAGAAAUUGGUUGAUAUCGCUACCUGAGUUCAAGGUCCAGCGGGGUAAGAAGCUUCACGGCAAAGCCUUGAAUCAUGCCAUCGGUUUUGUCGCAGGUGCUGGAUUUCUCAUGUUCGGUUACGAUCAGGGUGUCAUGAGUUCCUUGCUCACCUUACCCGAGUUCGAGUCACAGUUCCCUAGCGCGACACCAUACAGUCCAUCGAACGAGCUCUGCCAACAACCAGGCAUGUGCACUGGUACGCCGGAGCUUCAGUCGAACAUGGUUUCCAUUUACCAAAUCGGCUGUCUUUUGGGUGCUAUCCUGAUUUUGAUCGUGGGUGAUUCUCUAGGUCGUCGAGCUUCUACCUUUUGGGGCACUGUGAUUAUCAUUGCUGGCACAAUCAUUCAAGCUGCUGCUCACGACUACGGAACUCUCUGCUUCAGCCGUAUCUUUACCGGUAUCGGCAACGGCAUGGUCACCUCCACCAUCCCUACCUGGCAGAGUGAAUGCGCUAAGCCAAAGGACCGUGGUUUCCUCAUCAUGAACGAAGGCAUGCUUAUUGGUUUCGGUAUCAUGAUUUCGUACUGGAUUGACUUUGGGUUCUUCUUUUGCACUGGAAGUAUCCGCUGGCGCUUCCCUGUUGCUUUCCAAGCCUUCUUUGCCAUUAUUGUCGCCUCUGGUAUCUUUAUCCUUCCCGACUCUCCCCGUUGGCUUUUGAAGAAGGGCUACAUUGAUGAAGCCCGCGAGGUCAUUGCCCGUCUUGAUGACGUUGAGGCGGACAGUGACCUCGUUAACGAAGAAGUCGCCAUUCUUGAGCACACCUUGUCUCUUGAAUCACAAAAAUUCUCGUGGCGUGAGUUCUGGAGACACGGCAAUGUCCAGCACUUCCGUCGUAUGUUGCUUGGUGUCGUCGCUCAGGCUAUGCAGCAAUACUGCGGUAUCAACCUUAUUACCUACUAUGCUACUGUCCUUUUUGAGCAAUCUCUUGGCUUCGACGCAAUGAUGUCCCGCUUGCUUGCUGCAGUCAAUGGUACUGAGUACUGGUUAUCUGCCAUUGUUGCCAUGUUCAUGAUUGAGAGAUUUGGCCGUCGUAAGCUCAUGUUUGUUGGUCUUGUUGGCAUGAUGUGUUCCAUGGCCGUUCUUGCUGGCUGCAUCAGCUCUGGUACCCGCGACUCGGAGAACCGCAUUGUUCUGGAGAAGGCUCCCGGCGGUGUAGGUACUCUUACCCUUUUCACCUUCAACACCUUCUUUGCUAUCGGUUUCCUUGGAAUGACCUGGCUGUAUCCUGCCGAAAUCAACCCUCUUCGUACCCGUGUCCAGGCGAAUGCCUUGUCCACCUGCUCAAACUGGCUUUCGAACUAUGUCAUUGUUAUGAUCACUCCUCCCGCUAUUGCCAACAUUGGCUACGGUAUCUAUGUUAUCUUUGCCAUCCUCAACUUCUUGUUCAUUCCUAUUGUCUACUUCUGGUAUCCUGAGACCAAGGGUCGCUCCCUCGAAGAAAUGGACGUUGUGUUCGCCAAGGCUAAUGCUGAAGGUGUUUCUCCCGUCAAGAUGGCCUUCAUUAUGCCCCGACUUGAAGGCAGUGAACUCGAACGCGAGCUUGCCCGCUACUUUGAUGACGGUAGCAGCAACGGCUCUCCUACAGAUAUUGAAAAGACUGGCUCAAAAAAUGCAGAAGACUCCUCCUCGGGUAGCUCUAACGCUGCUAAUGGCGCUUCUGAAAAGGUCGCCAUUCCUACUGAAAAGGAUUAGAGUUGAUAUUUCGUUGUUUGCUUUUUUAUUUUAAUUCUAUUAGUUAUUCUAUCCCCUAUAUUUUCGCACAUACUCAAAUUCAUCCUUCUUUCUUCCCGCCUUCUUAUUUUUCUACUCUUCGUAUUUAUUAGUUAUCUUUAAAACGCACUCCUCCCCGGCCUCCUACCCUUAUCCAAUAGUUUUAAUAUGUAUUUUACUGCACAGGUUUCACAAAGAAAACAAUGAAAGAGAUUAUAUAACAAUGCGACUAUUUGUUUGUCUCAUAUGAUAGUUGGCUGGUUUUUACAUGGAAAAGAUAGACGCUGUUUAGCGCAU